AUGAACCCUCCAUUAAUCCCAGUCUCUAUUCAGGUCGAAACAGGUCUCCCAGCAGGAUGGGAGGUGCGCCACUCCAACUCCAAGAACCUCCCCUACUACUUCUGUCCCGCUACCAAAGAAUCGCGUUGGGAGCCUCCCGCGGACACCGACACCGAAAAGCUCAAGGUCUACAUGGCCAAUUACCACAGCGCUCCGGCAGGCCGGCCUGAGUUCGGUCAGGGCGAGGGAAAGAUCCGUUGCAGCCAUCUCUUGGUGAAGCACAGAGAAAGCAGACGCCCCAGCAGUUGGAGAGAGGCUGAGAUCACCCGGUCGAAGGAGGAGGCCAUUGAGAUCCUGCGCGGCCAUGAGCGGCGGAUCCAGUCUGGGGAAGCGACUCUGGGAGAAAUUGCCAAGUCGGAGUCGGACUGCAGCAGUGCUAGGAAGAACGGUGACCUGUAUGUUUUCGCUGGUGUGCCCCAGAGUUCUACAUGGAUGCGGCUGACUCAUUCCAGUGGUUUCUUCGGACGCGGGGAGAUGCAGAAGGAGUUCGAAGAUGCAGCCUUCGCGCUGCAGCCUGGCGAGGUUAGCGGUAUUGUGGACACAGCAUCGGGUGUUCAUCUGAUCGAGCGGUAUGUUUCCCCUCUCUCAAUUGCUAUCUGA